AUGUCACACCAAGAAUAUCCAUUGUAGCAAAUGGAAUCAAAUUAAACCUCUCACCCCCUCUCUCCCGCAGGCAAAGUGUCGGCAGUCCUGGGCGCGCUGGACGGCAUCAUGCCCAUGAUCAGCUUCUCGCUCUACACGGCCGUCUACCACUCGACGGUGGAGGUGUUCCCCGGCGCCCAGUUCUUCUUCGGCGCCUCCUCCAACAUCCUGAUGGCGCUCAUCUUCAUCUUCGUGAUGGUGACGGACAAGACGGGCACGUACAACGUGGAGGCGCCGAAGCCGCGCAAGGAGCCCGUGGCGGCCGUGACGGAGAAGCGGCUGGUCAUGCACCAGGACUCGCGCUGGCUUUACGAGGACGCCGGCCACAACAAGCUCAAGAUCCGCCUGUCCACCAUCCUGCUGUCCUCCCUCAACUUCAGCAUCGAGGUGCCCACCAUGGAGAGCAGCUUCGGCAAGCCCCUGGAGACGAUCCAGGAGGAGCCCGAGAAGGAGGAGGAGGAGGCGGAGAAGGAGAAGAAGAGCGAGAAGGAGAAGGGCGGCGGUCGGGACGCCUUCGACAACCCCGCUUACUCGCACGACGACGCGGUCUGAGGCCGGUCCUUCAGGCCGGCCCCGCGCCCUGCCUUCCGGACGCCUGUACUUAUCUCUCCUUAUUAAUGCGUGUGUGUAUAUAUGUAUGUCUGUGUAUGUAUGUAUGUAUGUAUGUAUGCAUGUAUGUAUGUAUGUAUGUAUGUAUGUAUGUAUGUAUGUAUGUAUGUAUGUAUGUAUGCAUGCAUGUAUGUAUGUAUGUAUGUAUGUAUGUAUGUAUGUAUGUAUGUAUGUAUGUAUGCAUGUAUAUAUGUAUAUAUGUAUGUAUGUAUAUACACAAUUCUUACUGUAGGCACUUAGUAUUACCUUUCACCAAACCCGUGAACAGGCUAUAGCGAUAACCCAUUUAUUUCCUUGUUUGUAAUUCUAAAUAUUCCUUUAUGAUGAUGUGUAUGGUAUGCCUGUUUCCUGUUCUACGGGGCAAGGAGAAAUCGUGUUAAGGGAGGAUCCAUGACAAUAGAAAAGGUCCUGAAUGUUGCAGAUUCAUUGCAAGUCUUGACCAUGUAAGGAGCUUUUGUAAAUAGAUCUAUUAUGGUGAGUGUGUGUGUAUGAGAGUGUGAGUGUGUGCGUGUGUGUGAGUAUGUGUGUGUGUGUGUGUGUGUGUGUGUGUGUGUGAGUGUGUGUGUGUGUGUGUGUGUGUGUGUGUGAGUGUGUGAGU